UCCUCCUCACGAACUCACCACCAUGACAACCACAACCUGAACCGCGAAUCGUCGAAGAUCACCCAGCCGAAAUCCCAAGGCGCCUCCCAAGCCAUGCUCUACGCGACCGGCCUCACACCCGAUGACAUGCACAAGCCGCAGGUGGGCAUCUCGUCCGUCUGGUUCGAGGGGAAUCCCUGCAACAUGCACCUCCUCUCGCUGUCUGAGCUCGUGCGGGACUCCGUCGCCCGCGCCAACCUGGUCCCCAUGCGCUUUAACUCCAUCGGCGCCUCGGAUGGCAUCAGCAUGGGCACCGCGGGGAUGCGGUACAGCCUGCAGAGCCGGGAGAUUAUCGCGGACGGGAUCGAGACGGUGAUGCACGCGCAGUGGUACGACGCCAACAUCUCGCUGCCGGGGUGCGACAAGAACAUGCCGGGCGUGCUCAUGGCCAUGGGGCGGGUCAACCGGCCCAGUCUGAUGGUGUAUGGCGGGAGCAUCAAGCCCGGGUGCAGUGCGGGAGGCCAGAAGCUGGAUUUGGUCAGUGCGUUUCAAUCCUACGGGCAGUACAUCACGGGGCAGAUCGAUGAGACGCAGCGGAUGGACAUCAUCCGGAAUGCGUGUCCCGGGGCUGGGGCGUGCGGGGGCAUGUAUACGGCGAAUACGCUGGCCACGGCGAUCGAGACGCUGGGUAUGACGGUGCCAGGCAGUAGUAGCACGCCAGCGGUAGACCCACGGAAGCGGGCGGAGUGUGAAGGGGUGGGUGAGACGAUCCGGAACCUGCUCAAGGAGGACAUUCGGCCCCGGGAUAUCAUGACGCGACAGGCCUUUGAGAAUGCCAUGAUCGUGGUGAAUAUCCUCGGCGGGAGCACGAAUGCCGUCCUUCAUCUUAUUGCAAUGGCGGAUGCCGUGGGCAUCAAGUUGACCAUCGACGACUUCCAAGCCGUCUCGGACAAGACGCCCUUCCUGGCCGACUUGAAACCUUCGGGCCAAUAUGUGAUGCACGACUUGUACAAGAUCGGUGGCACGCCGGCCCUGCUCAAGUUAUUGCUGAAGGAAGGGCUUAUUGACGGCGAGGGGAUCACGGUGACAGGCAAGACGAUGCGCGAGAACGUCAAUGCCUGGCCGGAUUUCCCGUCCGAUCAGCCGAUCAUUCGUCCGCUCAGCAAUCCCAUCAAGCCUACGGGCCAUCUGCAGAUCCUGCGAGGAUCGCUCGCACCCGGCGGGUCGGUGGGCAAGAUUACCGGCAAAGAAGGGCUGCGGUUCGAGGGUGCAGCCAGGUGCUUUGACUACGAAGAUGCGUUCAUUGAGGCAUUGGAGCGUGGAGAGAUCAAGAAGGGUGAGAAAACCGUGGUCAUCAUUCGGUAUGAGGGGCCCAAGGGCGGGCCUGGCAUGCCAGAGAUGCUCAAGCCUAGCUCUGCUAUCAUGGGCGCAGGCUUGGGUCAAGACGUUGCCUUACUCACCGAUGGGAGGUUUUCGGGCGGUAGCCACGGAUUUCUGAUCGGGCAUGUCGUGCCAGAAGCGAUGGAAGGGGGUCCGAUUGCGCUCGUCAAAGAUGGCGAUCGUAUUGUGAUCGAUGCGGAGAAGAAAGUGGUUGACCUGGAGAUCCCAUCGGAGGAGUUGGAGCGGAGGAGGAAGGAGUGGAAGGCGCCGAAACCGAGAGCAGCGAAAGGCACCUUGGCUAAAUAUGCCAAACUUGUUAGCGAUGCGAGCCAUGGCUGUGUGACUGAUGGGCCUAUAUAGCAGUUGUAAUCAAGUUCGGGAG